AUUGUAUCCAAAGGAACAUUCAAAAGCAACCUAAAAAGAGAUCUAAUCCACAUGUAUAUAUAAACCCGGUUGAGAUGAGGCUGAGUAUCUAGUGACUAGUGAGUGAUCAGUUUCCAAAUAUUACACACGCCUCUUUGCUUUUGUCUCCAAUGAUGCACGGUCAUUCCAAGAGGCAAGGGUGGCAAGUCCCGGCUUUCGGGAGCUGGGAUAGCUAUGAAGGGCUUCCUUUCACUCAAUGCUUUGACUCGGCGAGACGGGUUGAGUCGCUGCGUUAUGAGUAUUGCUAUGAGGAUCGUGACUUAUACAUGGAUGGUGGUCUUUACGAGAAUGAUGAAGUAACACCUGCUGUGAUCGCUGUUCCUCGCCGGAGGGCAAAAGUUCGCGACCCUCAUGCCAAAAUAGUGAAAGAAAAGCGAUGGCUGAACAAUCUCGAAGGGUCUUCAAUCCCAGGAUUUCACUUCAGGGCAAGGCCGAAACCUGUUGAUGAAGAUCUGUACAAAGUCCCGGCCGAACUCAUUCAUGCCAAACCUAAGAAGAAGAGAGGGUCGGGCUUCUUUUCCAGCUGCUUGAUUCCAGCCUGUGCCUUGUGUUAGAAGCUUCCAACGAUGAAUUCUACAGAAUGCUUGUACCAUGUAUAUAUUAAUCUGCACUUCUAUAGUAAAUCAAGCAGUGUACUUUCUUUGGGUGCAAGAAGUCAAGCUUUUUUGUGGUGGAAUGGUAGUCAAGCAGAAUCCUUUUUCCUC